CAUGCUCACUAUGCAAAUCUCACUUCCCUUUAAGUUGUUAUCUUUAUCAUUUUUUUCUCUUUUUUUUUUCUUUCAUUAUGGCUAAUAAAGAUACUCAAACAAACAAACAAAGAACUGGCUCUUUUGAAGGAUUACCACCUAUUCAACUUCCAGCACCUGUUGUUCAUUAUUAUGUUACACCCACACCUAUGGAAUACCACCACCAAGUACCUUGGCAACCGUUUCCUCCUUCACCGCCUCAGCCUACUAAUAAAAUGGCCAUAAAUCAAACCAAAGAAAACAGUAGGAAAUCCUCACACAGUGCUGUUGAGAAAAGGAGGAGAGAAAGAAUGAAUGACAAGAUUGAAAAGUUAAAAACCUUAAUUCCUUCAUGCACAGCUCAAUUCCCUACAUCUGUACAGCAACCUAUUCAUAAACUGAGCGUUCUACAAGCAGCUAUUGACUAUAUCAAUGAACUACAUCACCAAUUAGAGGCUAGUUUACCAGAGGAUGACCCUCUUGUCAAGGAUAUUUCCAUAGUAUCCAUGUAUCAAAAGAAGAAACAAGAUCGAAUUAAAAGCGGAUUGUAAUAAAUAAACUAAUGAAAUGUUUUGAGUUCAAACAAGAAUGCUCUCUCUCUCUCUUUCUCUGAAUAAAAACUAUGUCCCCUUUCUUUGAAAGAUAUUGAAUAGCUAAUGAUUGCAACCACGUCUAUCUGAGUACAUCAUUUUCAUUUAGAGAGAAUAAUCAUUGCUCUAUUUUCAUACGUUUACGCAUAUUCUUUCUAUCAAGAUGUACACUGGUAAGUGUUUAUUCUAAAUAAUUUGAUCCUUUAGUAUUGACAAUUGGCUCAUACAUGCAAAUAUGGGCUUCAAAGUAUACCGACUCUUUCCUACUUUAUUCUAUAGUUAUAAUGAAAAUAAAAAUAAAC